ACUAAUCAAAGGCACUUGUAUGGAGAGCUCCAUUGGCCUCAGAAGAGACUGAGCCAACCAGUUUUGGCCAGCCUGCUUCCCUCUCCCUCUCCCUGUCUGGAAAAGCAGAAAUUCCUGAAGGCAUUGCACUCCAGGUUUCUUUUGGGAUCUAAACAUGCACGCAGAGGCUUUGGUGCACUCUGUCUCAGUCUCUUUGCUUCUGAUUUUGCUCUCAGCUGUUGAAGAAAGUUUAUUGCAAUCACUAAGGCAGGUGGGAAGGGAGUGCAGGCUCUCGUCUGAAGCCUCACAGAGACGCUGCAGGACUCCAGAUGGCCUGAUCUGCAGUGGGAGGGGGGAGUGUGACUGCGGCGUCUGCAUAUGUCAAGUCACUGACCCGGGGAAGUUCUAUGGGCCACGCUGUGACUGCCACGACUGGGUGUGCACAACAUAUGACGGCAAGACCUGCAAUGGUCAUGGCACCUGUGACUGUGGGAAGUGUGAGUGUGAUGAGGACUGGUCUGGCGACGCCUGCCAGUAUCAGGAGUCCUGCAGCCUGUCCAACAGGAAGAGCAAAGACCUGUGUCGGAACCCACAGGGGGUGGUGUGCUCCAACGCAGGCUCCUGUCACUGCGGCAGCUGUGUGUGCCGUGACCCCGACGGCAAGGGCCUGAUCAACGGGCGCUACUGCGAGUGUGACGACAGCGAGUGCCUGGACGACGAGUCUGGAGAGAUGUGUGGAGGGCAUGGACAGUGUUACUGUGGAAACUGUUACUGCGCAGCUGGUUGGCAUGGAGACAAAUGUGAAUUCCAGUGUGACAUCAGCCCGUGGGAGAGCAAGCGGAGAUGCACAUCACCAGAUGGCAAGAUCUGCAGCAACAGAGGUACCUGUGUGUGUGGAGAGUGCACCUGCUAUGACGUGGACCCAUCAGGGGACUGGGGAGAUAUCCAUGGCGACACGUGCGAGUGCGACGAGAGGAGCUGCCAUGCCGUCUACGAUAGAUACUCUGAUGACUUCUGCUCAGGUCACGGUCAGUGUAACUGUGGGCGGUGUGACUGUCACGAGGGCUGGACAGGGAAGAAGUGUGAGCAUCCGCUUUCCUGCUCGUACUCUGCCGAGGCCAGCCAGCGCAAGUGCAGAGGGACCUCCAACUUACCCUGCUUUGGGAGAGGGCAGUGCCUGUGUGGACAGUGUACCUGUCAGCCUCCAGGAGACAGCCGGGUUCACGGGAAGAACUGCGAGUGCGAUGACCGCCAGUGUGAGGACUUGAAUGGGGAGGUCUGUGGGGGCCAAGGCUUCUGUUCAUGCGGCCGCUGUAUCUGUAAUGAUGGAUGGUUCGGCAAGCAUUGCCAGUUCCCCCGCACCUGCCACAUGAGCGACGAGGAGAGCAAGAGUCUGUGUGAGACCGCAGAUGGAGUCCUGUGCUCCGGAAAAGGGUCCUGCCACUGUGGGAGAUGCAUCUGUUCACCGCAGGAGUGGUACGUGUCAGGAGAGUACUGUGAAUGCGACGACAGGGAAUGUGAUCAGCACGAUGGAUUAGUCUGCACAGGCAACGGCGUGUGCAACUGUGGGAACUGCGACUGCUGGGACGGCUGGACUGGAAACGCCUGUGAAAUCUGGGUGGGAGAGGAGUACUGACACAACAGAGGACACUUUUUAAAAAAAAGACAGUUUUUUUUUUUUUUUUUUUCAUUCGAAGACAGAGAUCGGCUGCUGGAUCACCUGACAAAAAGAGGGUGUGUGGUUUGGUUGAGAAGCAGAGAGAGACCAAGCAGCACUCGAAGAUAUUAUGGGAUAUAAUGCUUCAUUCAGAUUUCUGCAUAUCACUUGUAUUACAGCAUUCAUUGUACUGGUUACAAAUUAUCUUUAUUAAAACUAUGAUGUUUGUUUGUUUUUGUAUGCAAGAAAAACAACAGUGAGUGCAGAGAGCAGUUUUUCGUUGUAGACACAUUACUUUGUAAUCCUUUAUAUGUUUUCCAAUACAUCUAUAUGUAUGAACUUGUUUAUAUAGGAAUGCUUACAUAGUCUAAAAACAAAUUACACAAAAUGCAGGUACAUGAACAGAAACCAAAAUGGUGAAAAGAAAGAACAAAAGAAAGAGAAAAAGAAAGAAAAACAAGCAACCACAUGUUUUAUUAUUUCAGGGUAGUUUGUAGUCUGUGUGCGAUGGUUAUGUACUUCCACUCAGAUGUCCUGACAAGCUGAUGUUUGGAGUGCUUCCUGAAUGCUACGCUCAGAUGUGUAUCCCUUACUGUACAUCUCAGGCUAGGUGUCACGUCUGAGCUGUUUGAUUAUUUUAUUCUCCAUUUUCCUUUUUCAUAAUAAAAGAAAACAUCAAAUGUG